AUGUAAAGUUUAUAGAAGAAGGUUGUCAAUAUCGUUAUUAUCGGCGAUUAAGGAGCAGGUAAAACUACGCUUUUCAAGCAAGUUACAACUGGUUAAUUCACUCCUGAAUAUUAUUCAACAAUUGGAGUAGACGUAGGAAUAAAAGAAAUAAGUAUUGAGGGUUUUUAAUAUCAUUUAUAAUUUUGGGAUACAUCAGGAUAGGAGAGAUUCUAAGCUAUAAUUUAAUCAUAUUACAGGAGAGCAGAAUGCUGUGUUAUCGUUUAUGAUUUAAUUGAUCCAGAAGACUACAAAAAUGUUAAGCAUUGGAUGAAACAAUUUUCUUUUCGUUGUGACUUAGAUCCUGAACAAAAAUUUCCUUUUGUUAUAGUAGGGACUCAUUUAGAUAAAUUAACAGAAGUAUAAAAACAAAAUCUUGAUCCAUCAGAUAAUAUUCAAUCUUUUUAGAUUUCAUUAAAGGAUGAUAAUUCAGUAUAAUAAAUAAUAUAAGCCAUUAUUAAUUGUGCAGUAUUAGAAUAACACAACAAAAUUAAAUAUUAAGAAAAAGCUAAAUCCAAUCCAAUAUGUCAAAAGUUUACCAAUUAAAUCAAUAACGACUUAGAAAAACUAAAUGAUAUUAUGACUUUGGUGUAAUCAAGUAAAAAGCAAGUUGUUGAGACCUACGAUUAACUUAUUAAUAAUGUAGGAACAUGGUAAAAGGAAUUGAAAGAUCUUAAAUAAUUUUAUAACAGUCCAACUUUUGUUAAAUAAAUAGAAUCGUCCAAUUUUUCAGAGGAGUUGUUUUUUGAAUAGGAAUCAAUAUCAUUUAAUGAUAAAAUAUAAUAAGUUAAUCAAUCUAAUUCAGAAAAAUCAGAAAUGAACCUUAAGGAUUUUAGUAAUGUAUUAGAGGAGGCUACUAAAUUGAAGGGUGAAUUUAAUUAAAAAAAAAACCAAAUUAACAAAGAGAAAUGA